UCCCACCCUAACUUGCUCACCAACAGCGGCCACCCCCCUAAGGUAUAAAAGUCUUGGGCCAUGUCCACGUCUGACAACCAAUCUUCCAGUUCCAUCAACGCCCGCAUCACUUCCUCCUCCCCGCCCUCCUUCAAGACCCCGAUCAACCGCCCCAGUUCCUCCGCCGGCUUCAGCAUGUUCUCGUAGGCUUGUAGGAGCAAAUCUUGCCGUUCCGCCCACAGAGUCUCCACCUGCUUCCAGAAUGCCCUCUCCUCCUCCCUUUCCUCCCCUUCCACCACU